AGUAAAUCGAGAAGUGAUCAUGAAGGCAGGUUGUAUUUUGCAUAGUUUGGACAGCAAUACACCAGGGUAAGAGUUGAUUUUUAUCCUCAAUUUUAUUACGUUUUUAUGGUUGUUCACUCAGUUCUCACCCACUGUACCAAUAAAAAAAUCUGCAUAUCUCUCUAACUUCACAGACCUUCACCAAGAAAGAGACAAAGGAGGGAGGAGGAAGAAGAAGAAGAAUCAGAAUCAGAACAAGAGCAACAGGAGGGACAGCAAAGUGACGUAGAAGACCCUGAAGAAGUUGUGGCGGACGUCAGGGAAGAAUCCUUCAAGAGGCUGCUGAGGAGGUGUCCAUUGAGACUGGACCACCCACUUCCAUCACUGAUGACUUGCAAAGACAUCAGUCAGCGCCAUGCUCAGUACUGUCAGGACAGAUGGCGAAGGAGACAGUACCAGAUGCGUAUAACUGACGCCGUCCGUAAGUUAAUUUUCUGCCGAAUUAAAAUUACAUGUGGGCAUUGUCAUUUGGCGUGCAUGUUUUAAUGGCUGCUUUAACGUCUUUUUUUUUUUUUUUUGUAAUGAUUUCUCCUAGAACACUUCAGGAGCCUUCCCACGGAAGAAAUGGUUGACAUUUACAUGGAGCGACAGAGCUGGAGAAGCAACUGCCCCAAACCUUCGGAUGUUCUAAAGGCAUGGAAACCCCCGCAGUCGCGAAGAAAGCACGGACGCUUUCCGAACUUUGAGGCAAAGGUGGCCUCUCAGGACUGGGACGGGCUAGUCGCCGUCGAAGACCAAGCGAAAGGGGGAUUCACCUUAAAGACCGCUCGAGUGUUUAAAAAAGGAGACCUCGUCUGCGACUAUCACGGAGUCUUGAUGGAUGGGAAAGAAGGAGAGGAGGUGCAGCGCUCCAUCACCGACGGGAAGUGUUACAUCUACUUCUUCAGGCACCAAGAAAAAAGGAUGUGUGUAAACGCUACGAAGGCUCCAUGCGACUGCCACCCAGAUAUGUCUUCCACCUUCGGACGGUUAAUCAACCACUCCCGCAAGAGAGCCAACCUGAAGCCGCUGGUAAAAUGCACGCCUGAAGGAAGAGUCCCAGUGAUUCUCUUCGAGGCUAUGAAAGAUCUUUCUCCGGGGACUGAACUAUUUUUUGACUACGGAGUGAGGAGACGCACUUACGGCGAAGCAGCCCAUUUGGACUGGCUGGACACUUGAUGCGGAAUGGUGUCUUCAAUACUGGUUACCGCCGGAGGCGCAGAUUAGUCCUUCCUUAUCCGAACAUACACCCAGGGCCGUUUCGGAUGCUGGAAGAGUGAGUCGGCAAGAAAACGCCAUAUGAAAUGUUGACCAUCGCUCGAUUCCAGGUGACUGUGUUCCCUCACUGUGUAUAAUUGUUAAAUCGAGAUAUAAACGAUAUAUACACACACAUGUAUACAUACAGCAAUACAAAACAUACAGGGUACGGCUACUUUCACACCUGCGGCAGAAAAUGCAAGGAAUCGCCUGGACGCAAUCUGCAGCUCGCAUCGGUUUGUGUCCCGCUGAUUCUCUGCAUCUUUGCAAUAUUGUGGCCGUACGCCUGCCGGACCCCAUUAUAGUUAAUGGCGCGGCGGGCAUGCCGUCUGCAUCCAGCAGUGCCGGAUCUAGUCAAUCGCUAAUGUAGAUGUGAAGGUAGCCUAAUACAGAGCCACAUAUCUCUUACAUCCUGCGACGUCUCCUUCGAUGUAGAUGGUCUUUUUCCCCUCAUCUUUUCAAUUCAGACCAGGCUACCAUGAGGAUUUCUUUCAGCCA